CAAGAGCACAAGCUGUUGCAGCCUCACGAGUGUUUGUCGAACGAGUGCGUGUGCGCUGGUUGGAAUUCGGAUUGGGGUCAGCUGCAACCAGAGACAAUGGUACAAUCGCCAUCUCCCAGCAUCCAUCGCGGAUUGCUGCUACCCGGGGCUUUUGCAGUUUUCGCUCUGCUCGCUCUCACAUCGGUCGCUGAUGGGCGAUUAACGCGACGAUUUCCGUCCGAUUUUCGCUUCGGGGUUGGCAGCUCGGCAUACCAGAUCGAGGGUGGCUGGAAUGCGAGUGGCAAAGGCGAAUCCAUCUGGGACCGUAUGACACAUCGUCAUCCGGAAAAGAUCGCCGAUGGCAGCAACGGGGACAUCAGUUCGGACAGCUUCCACAACUGGCGCCGAGAUGUGCAGAUGGUACGCGAACUCGGCGUGGAUGUGUAUCGGUUUUCGCUUUCUUGGCCUCGAAUUAUGCCGAACGGGUUCUUGAACAGCGUCAGCAAGACUGGCAUCGGGUACUACAGCAACCUGAUCGAUGAGCUGCUGAAGUACAACAUCACACCCAUGGUGACGCUGUAUCACUGGGAUCUACCGCAACGCUUCCAGGAGCUGGGAGGUUGGACCAACCCCGAGAUGAUCGUUUUCUUCCAGGAGUACGCGAAAGUAGCGUUCGAGCAGUUUGGCGAUCGUGUGAAGAUCUGGACGACCAUCAACGAACCGUGGCACGUGUGCGAGCAUGGAUACGGCGUGGACUUCAUGGCACCGGCUCUAGACUAUCCGGGAAUCGCAUCGUACCUGUGCGGACACAACCUGCUGAAGGCUCAUGCUGAAACGGUCCACAUGUACCGUCGGAUCUUCCAGCCUAAGCAACAGGGCAAGAUCGGCAUCACGCUUGAUACGUCCUGGCCGGAACCAGCCACGAACUCCGAAGAUGAUCGAAUGGCUUCGGAAAUGGCUGCUCAGUUCUAUCUUGGCUGGUUCGGACAUCCAAUAUUCUCCGCCACCGGUAACUACCCGCAGGUCAUGAUUGAUCGCAUCAGUGCGAUGAGUCGCCAACAGGGCUAUACACGAUCGAGGUUGCCUGCGUUCACUCAAGCAGAGAUCGAGCGCAUCCGGGGCACGGCUGAUUUCUUCGGCAUCAAUUCGUACACUAGUAUCCUUGUGCGCAAGAACGAUCGCAACAACUCGGCCAACUUCCCGGUGCCCUCUUUCAACCAUGACAUGGGCGUGGUGGAGUCCGCAAAACCUGACUGGCCCAAGAGCGGGUCUGUCUGGUUGCAUGUUGUGCCGUUUGGCAUGAACAGGCUGCUGAAUUGGAUUCGGCGAGAGUACAACAAUCCAACGGUUUACAUCACCGAGAACGGCGUAAGUGACCUUGGCGGCACGAACGACAUUAAGCGCAUAGAUUACUUCAACUCGUACCUCGAGGCCGUGCUGGAUGCGUUGGAGGACGGCUGCAACAUUCAGAUGUACAUCGCCUGGAGUCUUAUGGACAGCUAUGAGUGGAAGGCGGGCUACACUGAAAAGUUCGGUCUCUAUCACGUCGACUUCACCAGUCCGAAUCGGACUCGAACACCGAAAGCAUCUGCCAAGGUGUACGCCAACAUCGUCCGGACACACCAGAUCGAUUGGAGUUUCCGGCCAACGCCGGAGGUGCUGCUACUACCUCCAGCACCGUACCAGUCGAGCAGUGACCGGUUGAGCAUUAAAGUACCUGUGAUUUGCCUGCUGGUGGCCACCAUCGGUGCGCUAGUCAAAGCCCUGCUAUGCUAACGGCUCGCGAGAUCUCGACGUUCCGUACUUGUAAGAGAUUUAUUUAUGAAUCAGCCCCUGUGAAGCGUAUGUGUGCCUUGUGAGAUAGUAAGAUAAGUUUGUAACUAGCCUAUUGAUAACGACG